AUGGCGGACGCCCUAAAGGCCGAGGGCAACAAAGCCUUCGCUGCCAAAGACUUCAACCUUGCAGUUGAGAAGUUUUCACAAGCAAUCGAACUAGAUCCCUCCAACCAUGUCCUCUAUUCCAACCGUUCCGGCGCAUACGCUUCCCUCAAAGACUACCAGCAUGCCCUGGAAGACGCAAACAAGACUACUGAGCUCAAGUCUGACUGGGCAAAGGGAUGGGGACGUAAGGGUGCUGCCCAGCAUGGCUUGGGUGAUCUGAUCGGUGCAAAGGAUGCAUUCGAAGAGGCAUUGAAGCUUGAGCCUACGAAUUCCCAAGCCAAGUCUGGCCUUGAAUCUGUCAACAGAGCCAUCGAGGCUGAAGCACGAGCCGAUGGUGCUGAUAUGGGCGGCUUGGGCGGGAUGGGAAACAUGUUCAACGACCCUCAAAUGCUCCAGAAACUCGCCAGCAACCCCAAAACCGCUCCCUACCUGGCCGAUCCUCAAUUCAUGAACAAAUUGCAGCGCCUGGCUAAGAAUCCCUCAGAGAUGGGGCAAGAGCUCGGAGACCCAAGGUUCUUACAGGUCAUGGGCGUUUUGCUCGGCGUCGACAUGCAGAUGGGCAUGCCACCGGAAGGUGCGUCCGGAGCAGGCAAUCCCACCGAAGCCGAAGAAGAUGUGCCCAUGCCGGACGCACGCCCUCAAUCAAACCCCCCUCCACCAGCGAAGAAGGAACCCGAACCUGAGCCCGAACCUGAACCAGAGGACGAAGAGGCCAUCGCCGCAAAGAAAGCGAAGGAGGAGGCAGAGAGCGAGAAAAAGCUGGGUACCGAGAACUACAAGAAGAGAAAGUUCGAUGAGGCCAUUUCUCAUUACUCCAAAGCUUGGGAGCUGCACAAGGACAUCACAUAUCUCACAAAUCUGGGGGCUGCGAAAUUCGAGAAGGGUGACUAUCAGGGCUGUGUUGAAGCAUGCGAAAAAGCCGUCGAGGAAGGCCGGCAAAUGCUUGCAGAUUUCAAGCUUAUUGCAAAAGCAUAUGGUCGCAUUGGCUCGGCUUACGAGAAGAUGGGUGAUCUGCCGAAAGCCAUCGAGAACUAUCAAAAAUCUCUGACGGAGCAUCGCACGCCAGAUGUUCUAGCCAAAUUCAAGGCGGCUGAGAAAGCACAAAUCUCAGCGGAGAAGAACGCUUAUGUCGACCCAGAGAAGGCUGAAGAAGCCCGCCUGCUUGGUGCUGAGAAGUUCAAGAAUGCCGAUUGGCCAGGUGCUGUCGAAGCGUACACAGAACUGACAAAACGGGCACCUGAUGAUCCUCGAGGAUACAGCAACCGUGCUGCUGCUCUCAUCAAGCUGCUGGCCUUCCCGACCGCCAUUCAAGAUUGCGAUGAGGCCAUCAAACGAGACCCCAAAUUCAUCAAGGCCUACCUCAGAAAAGCCCAGGCCCUUUUCGGCAUGAAAGAGUACAACAAGUGUCUCGAUGUAUGUACCGAAGCCAUGGAGCAUGACGAGGGUGGGAAGAACACACGAGAACUCGAGGCUCAGCAACAGAAAGCGCUGGAGGCAAUGUAUUCCGCUCGUGCUGGUGAGACAGAGGAGGAGACGAGCGCGAGAAUCCAACGAGAUCCAGAAAUCAUGCAAAUUCUUUCCGAUCCCGUCAUGCAGUCAAUCUUGCAACAAGCCAAGGGCGACCCGAUGGCUCUUAACGAGCACAUGAAGAACCCCGGUGUACGUGGCAAGAUUCAGAAACUGAUUGCCGCUGGUGUCAUCCGGGUCGGGCGAUGA